UUCCCAAUCCUUUUUUCUUCUUUUUUGGGUUUUAUUUCAUCACUAUUAAAACGGCUGCGGCGGCGGUGAUGGCUACUUCGACAUCGAGAACGUGGGUUUUCUCGAAAAGGGAAUUAUGGUGUGAUUUUAAGGCGGUGGGUGUCGGCCGUGGGUACAGAGAGAAUUUCCGGCGAAUGAUUCCGGCUCCGUUCGGUGGAAGAAGAAAGUUGGAUUUGGGAUUGGCAGCGGCGGCGGCGGCGGCGGCGGCGAGAGGCUGUAAAUGGGAGGAGUUUAAAACAACCGAUCAGCCGCCGGAAAUUGGGAUUAACAAAGAUCCUUAUAAAGUUUCUGAAGAAGACGAGAGGUAUAUUGAAGAAUUCAGAGAUGCUUAUCCGUGUAUAUUUUCUUAUACAGGGCGAACUUUUGUCGUUGUGAUAUCUUCCGAAGUUGUGGCCAGUCCUCGCCUCCAUGGCUUGCUCAAGGAUAUUGCUUUUCUUCAUCACCUUGGGAUCAGAUUCAUUCUUGUUCCUGGGACCCGCGUGUUAAUUGACAAAAUUUUGGCAGAGAGAGGAAGCAAGCCGAAUUUUGUCGGUCAAUAUAGAGUUACUGACAACGAAACUCUAGCAGCUGCAAUGGAAGCGGCUGGAGGUAUCCGUGUGAUGAUAGAAGCAAAGCUUUCCCCUGGACCUUCUAUAUGCAAUAUUCGUAGACAUGGUGACAGCAAACGUUGGCAUGAAGUUGGUGUAAGCGUUGUUAGUGGCAACUUUCUUGCUGCCAAGAGAAGGGGAGUUGUUGAUGGUGUUGAUUAUGGAGCAACGGGUGAAGUUAAAAAAGUAGACGUAGCUCGCAUGCGUGAGAGGCUUGAUGGUGGUUGCAUAGUUAUAUUGAGCAACCUGGGUUAUUCUAGUUCUGGUGAAGUUCUGAAUUGCAAUACAUAUGAGGUUGCAACAGCAUGCGCGUUGGCUAUUGGAGCUGACAAGCUUAUAUGCAUUAUUGAUGGUCCUAUUCUAGAUGAAGCUGGACGCCAUAUUAGUUUUCUAACUCUUCAAGAAGCAGACAUGUUAAUACGUGAAAGGGCCAAGCAAUGUGAGAUAGCUGCAAAUUAUGUGAAAGUUGUUGGUAAGGAAGAUUUUACUCGUAAUGAUUCAAAUGGGAGUAUCCAUUCACAGAAUGGAAAUGCUUCUUUCGAAGAUCAUAGUCCAACAUUCCAGAAUGGAGUUGGUUUUAGUUCCCAUCAUAGUCCAACAUUUCAGAAUGGACUAGGUUUUGCCUCCCAUCGUAAACCAGUAUUCCAAAAUGGAGUUGGUUUUGGUAGUGGGAAUGGGCUUUGGUCCUCAGAACAGGGUUUUGCCAUUGGAGGUGAGCGGAAUAGCCACUUGAAUGGUUACCUCUCAGAAUUGGCUGCUGCAGCCUUUGUUUGCCGGGGUGGUGUUCAAAGAGUACAUUUGCUAGACGGAACUAUUGGAGGAGUUUUAUUGCUGGAGUUGUUUAAGAGAGAUGGAAUGGGUACUAUGAUAGCCAGUGAUCUUUACGAGGGAACACGAAUGGCCAGAGUGUCUGAUGUUCGUGGGAUCAGACAAAUUAUUCAACCUUUAGAAAUGGCUGGUACCUUGGUUCGGAGAACCGACGAAGAGCUACUUGAAUCAAUAGACUCAUUAGUUGUCGUUGAGAGAGAAGGUCAAAUUAUUGCAUGUGCUGCACUCUUCCCAUUCUUUGAAGAGAGAUGUGGAGAGAUUGCUGCCAUCGCUGUUUCUGCAGAGUGCCGAGGACAAGGACAAGGCGACAAAUUGCUUGAUUACAUGGAAAAGAAGGCCGCCUCCCUAGGACUGGACAGGCUCUUUCUGCUCACAACACGAACUGCAGACUGGUUUGUGAGGCGUGGUUUCUCAGAAUGUUCAUUUGAAUCAAUACCUGAAAAUCGGAGAAAAAGUAUAAAUCUAUCCCGGAAAUCCAAGUACUACAUGAAGAAGCUGUUGCCAGAUAGGAACAGGAACGGUAGAAUUGACAGGGCGUUUGCUUGACCCUCGAUUGAGAAUUGAAAUGUCUCGCAGUAGAAGAAGCAUAUGUUCCUCUUGGCUAGCUUGUUUUAUCCUUUACCUGUCAGUCAAGACCCGUCGUCCAACCAUGUGGGUUAUCAUCUGUAGUUGUUCACCUAGACAUGUAUAUAAUGUUCUAAAAAGAAGUUGAUUGCAGGCCUCCACUACAAAAUUUUGAUUGUCUUCAUCAUAUCAAUGCAACUCAAUGUGUACUUGCGACACACCAAGGUUUGUAUUUAUAUUUUAUUGGGCAAAUUAAGUGUACAAACAGUGAGAUAGGUACAGAACAAAGGGAAAUUUUGAUUCCCUAGAUAAUAUCAUUGCAAUGUAUGGUGUCAUUUAUGCUUUUCUUUAGCAAAUCAAGUAUACAAACAGUGAAAAUUGAUCGUG